GCCACCAGUCGCCGCCCGGGCUGCGGUGGAGGACGCCCACGGCACCGACGGAUCCUCGGGCUGCGACGGCCGCGUCCCCGCGCUGGAACUUUUUGCCGCCUUUGGGUUCCAGAUUCGAGACUCCGGCUGGUCUAUAAAUACAUCUGUACAUGUGUGUGAGCUAAUAAAACAUUUUCUCCUCUCCUUGAAGCAGCAGCCUUUUAGGACAUCUCCUUUAUUUCAGAGACACUUGCCUUGCUUCUUUGGGUUAUAAACUUUUGAUGCCAGACCUCUGCAGAACGUGCCCAACUGAAUCUUAAAGUAGCAUCUUGAAGAGAGAGGCAGAGAAAGAGCAAUCUGUGACCUUCAUCCCUGCACCUUCCUCCUUCCUCUCCCUUCCCGGCUGCCUCCCUCCUCCCCAGGGGAGCGUCAAGAAAGCUCUUUUUGGAUGCAGGAGGGGGCAUCAGGUUCUGCUAGGCUGGAAAGCUGAGGCAGGAUUUGAGGAAGAAUCAUUAGACUCCGGAGACCCUGGACUCGUUUCUCCUCCUUACCCCUCUUUGCUUCUGGCUUGCUCCAUCCCUUUCCCGUCUCCCCACACUACAACCCGCGACCCGCUGGUGUGCGGGGCGGGGGACAAGGACCGCGCCGCUGCCGGAGUUCUGGGAAGUUGUGGCUGUCGAGGAUGGGGGUCUGUGGGUACCUGUUCCUGCCCUGGAAGUGCCUCGUGGUCGUGUCUCUCAGGCUGCUGUUCCUUGUACCCACAGGAGUGCCCGUGCGCAGCGGAGAUGCCACCUUCCCCAAAGCUAUGGACAACGUGACGGUCCGGCAGGGGGAGAGCGCCACCCUCAGGUGUACCAUAGAUGACCGAGUCACCCGUGUGGCCUGGCUAAACCGCAGCACCAUCCUCUAUGCUGGGAAUGACAAAUGGUCCAUAGACCCUCGUGUGAUCAUCCUGGUCAACACACCAACCCAGUACAGCAUCAUGAUCCAGAAUGUGGAUGUAUAUGAUGAGGGCCCAUACACGUGCUCUGUGCAGACAGACAACCACCCUAAAACUUCCCGGGUCCACCUCAUAGUGCAAGUUCCUCCCCAGAUCAUGAAUAUCUCCUCAGACAUCACUGUGAAUGAGGGAAGCAGUGUGACCCUGCUGUGUCUUGCUAUUGGCAGACCAGAGCCAACUGUGACAUGGAGACACCUGUCAGUCAAGGAAGGCCAGGGCUUUGUGAGUGAGGAUGAAUACCUGGAAAUCUCUGACAUCAAACGUGACCAGUCUGGGGAAUAUGAAUGCAGCGCCUUGAAUGAUGUGGCUGCACCUGAUGUGCGGAAAGUAAAAAUCACUGUAAACUACCCUCCCUAUAUCUCAAAAGCCAAGAACACUGGUGCGUCUGUUGGUCAGAAGGGUAUCUUGAGCUGUGAAGCUUCUGCAGUGCCUAUGGCUGAAUUUCAGUGGUUCAAGGAAGAUACCAGGCUAGCCACUGGCCUGGGCGGCGUGAGGAUUGAGAACAAAGGCCACAUAUCCACUCUGACUUUCUUCAAUGUUUCAGAAAAGGAUUAUGGGAACUAUACUUGUGUGGCCACAAAUAAGCUUGGGAACACCAACGCCAGCAUCACACUGUAUGGGCCUGGAGCAGUCAUUGAUGGUGUAAACUCGGCUUCUAGAGCACUGGCUUGUCUCUGGCUAUCAGGGACCCUCUUUGCCCACUUCUUCAUCAAGUUUUGAUAAGAAAUCAUAGGUCCUCUGAGCAACGCCUGCUUCUCCAUAUCACAGACUUUAAUCUACACUGCGGAGGGCAAACCAGUUUGGGCUUUUUGUUUGUUUGUUUCUGUUGUUCUUCUUGAUUUUUUGGGGGGGGCGUUGAUUUAUUUGAUUUUUUUUUCUCCAGUUUGAAUGAGUGGGGUUGGGAGGAGGGGUGGGCAAGGUUCUACCAUGUGUAGGGUAAUCAUUCACUGGCGUGUCCGAAAAUGGAAUCUGUCCCUGCUACCUUGGCCUUUCCCUUUCCUCUGCUCCUCUCCUCAUCAUCCUCACUACCAGCCUCCCUUCCCCCCACACACCAAACCAUAAGCUCCAUUUGGGCAAAAACGUGCCUCAUGAUAAACACCCUGAAGACACAACUUGACUUAUAAUGUAGUGCACAGCAAGAGUUAUAUCCAAGUGUCCUAUUAUCUGUGUCUUUUAAGCUUUGGGCCAUUUUCCUUAUUAUAAUGUACAUAUCGCUCCCUCCAUGCUUAUUAUUAUCUAAUUACACUCGGGUUCACAUCCUUUCUUUUUGGGAAGGUAUCUCAAUAUACCCAUAUCCAUCUAUCUAUAUAUAUAUAUAUUUUUUUUUUUUCUUGUCUCCUUCUCUAGCCACUCUGCCCUAUUAGCCUUCUCCAUCAGCUAUAGGGAUUAAAGGUUUGGGGCUAUGCACACAACCCAAAAGUAAAAGUUUAGAAGUCACUUGACCAAAAAAGGGGGAAACACUUUGAGGAUAGUACUCUUUAAAACAUGUUGUCUAACUCAUUAAAAAAAAAAAAAAUGAUCCAUAGAUGGCUGAUUAUUUAGGGUUUAUCAAGCUAUUGAAGCAAUCAUACGGUUAUCCAUCUACUCAAUUAUUUGAUUUAUCUCUCCCUCCAAUUAUCUACCCACCCAUCUUCCUCUGUAGCAAUCUAUUUACUCCGUUUAUCAAUCUAUCAAUGUAAUUAUCUAACACUUCUUUCUAUUUCUUUCCCUAAUACUCACUAUCAAUUCAUCACCAUAUUAAUUUCUAAUCAUAUCAUGUCUAUUUCAUUGUAUUCAUUUCUACUCUACCUUCAGCAGACAUUGGCAUCUUCAAAAAUACCUAUCAACUUUCUUAUGAAAGCCAGUGGUCUCACAGGCUAACAACAUAGAAAAGCAAUAUGUCAAGGACUCUUUGGAAUGUGGUAUCCUAUCCAUCCAAAGUAGUUAACAGAUGGACCAAAGUAGCAAUCUAAGGAUCAGUCACUCACUAUUCCCAGAAGAGACUGUGUUUCCAAAAGCAUCUUCUUGGGAAGCAUAUCAGCCCUGGAAAAGCCUUGAUCAGUACUGUGGGUUUUUUUUCCCUUUCACACCUGAAGGACCAAGGUGGCAAGCUUCCUGUUUCUCUCAACCUUUCAAGAGAGUGUAUGUCGGGAACCCAUGGGACUUACUCCAUGGCUGGCUUUUCUUAAUAGCAAGAACAUAGAGAAAAAACACAUUUCUGUCCCUGUAGUGUGAAGAGAGCCGUCCACCUGUCUGAGUGCAAUGACUUCAGCUAUUGUCUCCUCCCUGUUCCAGUUUUCGUGUAAUCUGUUUGAAAACUAUCCAGUAAAAAGCUGAUGGAAGCCAAUUACAUGGCGGGUGUGUUGACAACUCUGGUAUUUGUUUCAGGAAGCUCUUCUGAGCUGAGGGCACUUGAGCAACUGACUUAAUUUCCAAGCACUUGAUUAACACAACACUGCAAACAGGAGGGGAACGUGUAAAUGACACACAAUUUCCUCUGAUAUAGGCUGCUUCUCCAGUGGCUCUGGGGAAGAAUGUCCUCAGUGUUCCAUGUUCAAAUCAGAUCCAGCAGACAAAUAAGAGCUGACUGGACUUUUUUGCAUCAUCUCCUGGGGCAAGAAGGACUCAGACAGGAAGGGUGCCUAUAAUCCGAAAGAAUGGCAUUGAAAACCAUGCAAAGUUGUGCCCCUCGUUACCUGUACCACAGGGACUGACCUACUGAGAGGAUGAGAAAAAGCAUCAAUGGUGACUGUCUCACAGACCUGCCCUGCCUCAGUUGGAAAACUUUCAGGUCCACAGUCUAAAUAAAUAUGAGCUUUAUAGAGCUCCAUUCUCUUAAUGCUUAAUUGACCUUCUUCCUCCAAUAUAAAUGGCUUCUUUGUUCUGUCCAUAAUGGCACAUGAACAUGACAUACACAGAGGGGGGGAAUAUAUUCUUAGAUACAUAUACAUGCAUAAAUAGAUAAACAAAUUCAAAGGUAGGCAGUCUUGGCAUACAAAAAACUAGACACUUUCAUAAAAGUUGGAGCUGGUAUGAGUGGAAUUAAUAUUACAUUUGCCAGCUGUAAACAGACAUCUGCAUUUCCUAGUGAGCUGCCAGGAGCCAGAUUCUGGAACAUAAAUGACAUGCCAAAAGCAGUGUAUUGAUUCCAAGUUCCAGGGACAAUCAGGAGCAGACAAAGUCAGAGUUAAAGGUCGGACAUCAAUGUUUCAGAUCUGUCAUCACGUUCAGCACCUGGAGUCGGGUUGGUGUCAGACAUUGUUAUGGGAAUUAAAUGUGUCAUUUGAGUGUUCUACUAAUAAUAAAUGUGUUACUUUGGAGUAAAAUAAAUGUGGAGAUUCUGGGGAGUGGAUGGUCUUGGAGAACACAGCGCUUGAAAUGGACAAGCUACCCAUGUUCUUCAUGCCAAGACUUCUUCUAGAGGAAGGGACCCAUCCUUCUUUGACCAGGAAGAUCACCAGAACUUGUUGAAUACAAUAAUAAGGCUGGGUCUCAGUGUAAUUAUGGAACUCUGUGCUGCCUUCUUCCACUGGAUAUCAGGAAACAUUUCUGGUGAUUGCCUAUUCCAGCCAUGUUUCAGAGGGAAAAAAAUCCUACAGUCAAUCCUCAUCUGUCUGGGAUCAAGAAAACCAAGUAAAUAAGACCCAAGGAAACUGGGCACUAGGAAAGAAAAUGGCUCUUCAUCGCUUUAGACAUACUCCAGCUUCUGUGUUGUUUGGGUUACUUUUGUGGGAAUGGCUCCAUAGAAGAGUAGCCAUUACCCAACAUUUGAAGCACAUAGAACAUUAAAUGCUUACUAAAGACAAUAUCCACACUCACAUAUGCUUUUUCAAUUUCCCAUGGAGGGUAGAUGGAUAAAGCCUGCUGGAUAGAUUUUUUUUUCAAGGUGCCAAUGGUAAGGGAUAGGGGCUGGGUCUAUAAAGAAGAUAAGCAAAACUCUGAACAACCUAUGACUCUUCAUAGGCUUUCCACAUGGGAAGGAAACCACCUAAGGCUUAUCAGGAGAUCAGGUGAGAGAAAUGCAACAAUGUAGUUAUUCUGAAACCUUCCCCCUUCCCAAAACACAAUUAAUAUGUAUUUCCACCAAAGUAAUGCCAAUGAAAAUGCUAGUGUUAAGGCUCUGGCCAAGCUUGUUUUUUGGUAGUUUAAUGUCAAGUGCCUGAUACAGUCAUCUGCAAGUCUAAGCAAGUGUGUUUAGUUUUUCUCAUUCUUGUUUUAAUGGGGAGAGGAGAUGUAGAGGUGAGCGGUGGUCAAAACACGCACAUAUGUUAUGCAGAAGGCAUUGUAUAUGUCUGUUCUGCUGCAAUUGUGCUGGGUGGAACAGAAGGAAAGUAAGGCUUUGUAUCAAAAAGAGGCCCUAGUCUUUGUCCCCUGAAACCUGUGCCUCGUACUAGUUGAUACAUUCCACAGGUUGGGCAGUUCCUUCUCAAAACCUGGGUGGGAAGUAUGCUUUGGGACUCCAGAAACUUCACAGCUGAGGAUAAAUGUAAGGUCCUGUUUCUGCAUGGAUCCAGUCAACUUGCUCUCAACAUGGAGGUGCUAGCAUGUUCUACUUAUGUUGGAAGGACUCUUUUGUGAAAAGAGCAGAGAACCUCAAAGUGAGCAGUCAAUCUCAAAGAAAGCUUAUCACUGCCAUUGCAUCAGGAGUGGCCGUAAAUGGAAAGCUCUAGUUGUGGUUGGUGCUUCUAGUGCCAGAGGGAAUUAUUUUCUCCUCUGUAGUUGUGUAUGGAUGUCAUAAGCCCCAUCAGUAGAAGGAGGGGAGUAAUGGCUGAAGUUGAAGUGGGAUAUGGGUGUGGGGUCAUCUUUUCCAAUUUGAUCCUUAGUCCUCACCUGGAACCAACCCACCUCCCCUCCCCAUCUACCCCCUCAAAAUUUUUUUAAUUUUUAUUUUUUUAAGAUUUUAUUUAUUUAUUUGACAGAGAGACAGCGAGAGCAGGAACACAAGUAGGGGGAGUGGGA